UAGAAAUAUCAAAGAGCAGCCGUUUGCCUCUGCUUAUCAUAAGAUCUCGCGGAAUUUUUCUUGUACUUUCGGCUCCGUGUUUCCAGUGUGAGCACCCCGGUCGUUGUGAUCGUCUAUACUGCGCAGUUGGAAACUUCGAAUCCUUUCGUGACUUGCUGGUUGUUCGGUUUUAAUUUGCUUAUGGGAUUUGCAAAUUAGCCAAGACUCAAGGUCAGAAGUUAGGAGUAUACACCCCUCUACCCAUUCCCGAAGGGGCCAUGGAUCGAUGUUAGCCUAGAUUUGUGCUCGGCCUGCCUCAGACACAAAGAAACAAGGAUUCGAUAGUGGAUUCACUCCAUAUGGUACGUGGGAUGCAUGCGUAUGGAGGCUGAAGACUGUGAAGAUGAGAUAUUGAGCUUCCAUUGAGAAUCAUGUUUCCAGGGAUGGAUUUGACAAAGAUGGACCCAGGGACUCUUACUCUGCUGGCUGCAGCUGGCGGAGUAAUGUUGACGAUGCAUUUUACUGUGCAGCUUCUAUCCCAACAUCUUUUCUUUUGGAAGAAUCCAAAGGAACAAAAGGCAAUAAUCAUCAUAAUACUCAUGGCUCCUCUGUAUGCUAUUGAUUCCUUUGUUGGUCUCCUUGAUAUCCAGGGGAGCAAAGCCUUCUUCACAUUCUUGGACUCCGUUAAGGAGUGCUACGAGGCAUUGGUAAUUGCCAAAUUCUUGGCUUUGAUGUAUAGUUAUCUUAACAUCUCACUCAGUAAGAACAUAGUGCCAGAUGAAAUCAAAGGAAGGGAGAUACAUCACUCAUUUCCUGUUUCUCUUUUCCUGCCACGGAAAUUGAGGCUAGAACAUCAUACGCUGAAGCUUCUCAAGAUCUGGACAUGGCAGUUUGUGGUGAUUCGGCCAGUGUGCUCUAUUCUGAUGAUUUUAUUUGAGCUAGUUGGGUUUUAUCCGAGCUGGCUUCGCUGGACAUUCAACUUCAUACUUAACAUCUCUGUUUCAAUGGCGCUGUAUUCGCUAGUGCUCUUUUACCAUGUCUUUGCGAAGGAGUUAGCCCCUCACAAACCUCUGGCAAAGUUCUUGUGCAUAAAAGGAAUUGUUUUCUUCAGUUUUUGGCAGGGAUUGGCGCUUGAUGUCUUGGUCUCUGCUGGAGUUAUCAAAUCACAUCAUUUCUGGCUGGAUGUAGAGCAUAUUCAGGAAGCCAUACAGAACUUAUUAGUAAUUCUUGAGAUGGUUUUCUUUUCUGUCAUCCAACAAUAUGCAUACCAUGUUGCUCCUUACAGAGGUUUUGGUGCUGAAAAUACCAAGAAAGAGAAGAAGAAUGAGUAAUCUUUUUAACAAAAUGAUUCUUUGUAAUCUGAAUCUACUUUGUUAUCUGAAGUUGUUGUGUUUGUGUUGUAACAAGCAAUAUAUUUUGAUAUUGUAUAUUGGCUUGAUCUAUCUUUUUGAAGUCUGGUAUUUGGAGGGAGGGAUUGUAGUAGCAGACUCUAUUUUGGGAUAGAUUAUUCUGUACAGGCACCAGACACAAUUUAUCAUCCAGAGGCCAAUUAGGUCCAGCCAUGUCAUCCAGUACCGAGCCGUGGUAUUGAGUAGGGGUGACGUGGCGCAUUUUCAUUGGGCUCUGAACAUCGUUCGUCGUCUGCACAGAAUAAUUCAUCCUAUUUUGGAAGAGUGGCAUAUGCAGAAAGCAGUGGUUUGUUAAGCAUGCUGAACCAUUGAAUGAUCGAGUUAUAAUUGUUUGUCUUAAAGGAAUAAGAAAGUUAUAGAUUUAGCCACACAUUAAGGUUUCUAA